CAGCGGGCAGGUAGGUGCUUGUGUUGAGCUGGAGCCUCCUGUGCUGCAGCUUCCAUCCGUCGCUCCUUGUCCUGUCCCAGGGAGAAGUGAGCAGAGCCUGUCCCCCAGCCCUCAGGUAUUGAUAAACAUUUAUUAGAUCCCCUCUCGGACUUCUCUUCUCCGGGUUAGACAGCCCCAGGUCCCUCGGCUUCUGUUCGCCAGGCAGUAUUCCAGUCCCUCAUCAUGCUUGUGGUCCUCCACUGGACUCUCUCCAGCAGAUCCCUGUCCCUCUUCAACUGGGGAGCCCAAAACUGAACGUUUUCCCCAUGAAUUUCUCGUGAAACUGCCUUCCACGACAAGUAAUCAAGAUGGGGUCACACCAGGGCAGAGAAGCAAGUCAAGUGCUGUGGUGAAGAAAUGGCUGCUGUUACUCCACAGAAGAGGAGCCGCAGCUCUACUGAUUGUGAUGGCUCACCCUUAGCUUUUGAGACCCCUGUGAAGAAGAGGGCAACUGGCUCUGCAGGAGGUCUGUCUCCACUGAAGACAUUGAGAAGUAAAGGGUUUGCUUCUCAAAUAAAAUGGUCAUCAAGCUCCAGUGAUGAGAUGAAGGAAAAUGAGGAUGUUGUGGUGAAGCCAGCACUGUCAAGGAGGUUGAAUAUUUCACCCCUUCAGGCAACUGGAGCUCACACGCAGAGGGAAUCCUUGAUGGAAUUGUCCCCAAAACCUGCUUCUUCCUACAAGUACUUUGUGAGCACAGAGACUUUUUACAGCAAGGAGAAUUGUUAUCUCAAUCCUCUGGAGAGGAAAGAACUGAAGGAGAACUGCACUUUAGUUAAGAGGGAUGAAAAUCUCCCAGCUGGCAGCAGGACUGUGAAGAGGAAUGUGAACGGAAGCGGAAAUGCGAGCUCAAAACCAGCCAAGCCCUCAGCCAACCCCAGCUGUGGCAAAACUGCCCCCAAACAUCUCAAGGCAAAAGGAGAGACAACAGUGGGAAAGCCUAGUGUGGGGAAAGAGAAUGUGAGCUGCCUGAUUAAAAAGAAGAUGGAUUCACCCUUCAGAGUCUUAAGCAUGACAGUGAAACCAGCCCUGAAACUCCAGUUGGGAGCAGCUUUUUUUUCUGCCAAAAAGAAAUCGCACAGUAAAAAACCAGCUGCAGACACAAGGUCUCCCCAAGGUCUCUCCAAACCUCUGGAAGAAAAAGACCAACCUGGACCACCACCACCACCUGCAAAGCUUAAUUCAGCUGAUAGGAACAGAAUUCCUGAAGGGGGUGAUGUACUGAGGAAUGUUUCUGUGCCUCAGAAGCUGAAAAAUGAGAGCAGGGAGAACUCGAUGAGGUGCAUGAACCGAGAGAGAGACUUGGAAAGUGAAGGGAAAAACUCUCUGCAGGCAAGUGGGAGCCCUGCUGGUCCUUCCCAGCCUGCAGCUACAGGGAAUGUGGAUGUAGAUGACAUCAACCCUUCUACAACCUGUGAGUCAGAUGAUUGUGUCAUCCUUUCAAGCCAGGCUCUGUGUGAAAUUGACAAGCAAGCACCUCCUUCAGAUGCCGUUGUCUACCCAAUAUUCAGUGCCAGUAAGAAAAGGCUGCAGGCCACCCUGGAUGAACCAACUUGUCCUUUUGGGUCCAGUCCUCCUGCAAAACCACCUCACUCCUCACAGAAGAGCAAGAAGACCAAAGUGCUCUGCAAGCGCUCCCAAGAUCAGAUGAUCAUUGAUGCCGGGCAGAAGCAUUUUGGUGCUGUGGUUUGCAAGUCGUGUGGCAUGAUCUACACAGCUGCCAGCCCUGAGGAUGAGGCCCAACACAUCCAGUACCACGAGAGGUUCCUCGAGGCACUCAGAUACGUGGGUUGGAAGAAAGAACGUGUUGUGGCUGAGUUCUGGGAUGGGAAAAUUGUCUUGAUUCUUCCAAGUGACCCAAAAUACGCCAUCAAGAAGGCAGAAGAUGUGCGGGAAAUCGUGGAUAACGAACUGGGAUUCAAGCAAGUUCUUCUGACCUGUCCAGCCAGGGCAAAAAUAUACCUGUUUGUGUCCAGUGAGAAGAUGAUUGUUGGGUGCUUAGUGGCUGAACAGAUCAAGCAGGCUUUCCGUGUGCUGUCAGAGCCAGGAGCAGUGCCAUCAUCAUCUGAACUGGAAGACCUGCAGCAGCAGCAGCAGCAGCAGCAGAGGGCUUGGCGCUGCUCCACGGAGCCAGAACCAGCUGUCUGUGGCAUCAGCAGGAUCUGGGUCUUGGCCUCAUGGCGCAGAAAGGGCAUCGCCCGGCGCUUGGUGGAUGUUGUCAGGAGCACCUUCAUGUAUGGCUGCUACCUGAGCACCACGGAAAUUGCCUUCUCCGACCCGACGCCAGACGGCAAAUCAUUUGCCACGAAAUACUGCCAGACCCCCAACUUCCUGGUUUAUAAUUUCAUCUCUAACAAUUAAUUUGGCUUCAUUUACUGCAAGCUGAGGUUCGUUAAAAGCCUGAGAGUUAACUGUGUGUAUUUAAAAUUAGCAUUUGCUAACGUGGCUCAAUGCUGUUUUCCUGCUGUUUGUUUUUCUUCCCCUCACGUGUGUGAGCCAGGGGAGUGGGUGUCACUUUGUGUACAGUUGUGUUGUAGUGGAACCUCCUUGGGAUUUCAGGUAGGUUUGGGGGUGCCUGAAGCUAAAGUUUAUUGUAACUUAAUUUCUUUAAGAGUUUUAAUUAAUAUAUGUUUUCUCUUUGGGGUGUGGGUACAUAAUGCUGAGCUCUGCAGUAAAAGAACUUGUCUGGGAUAGAAGCUUUAGCACAAGCAGUUGCUACAUUGAUAGACAGAGAGUAGAUGUCUUAAAUCAACUGAUUUGUGGCAGGAUGUCUCCAGCACUCAAGACUUGGACUCUGUGUAAGUGUCGUGUUGCAGGGAAAGGUGUCCCUGGGUUUAUCUGCUCAAUAAAAGGUGUGAAAUGCU